UCGUCUCGUCUCCUACAUUUCUUACAUCAGAGAGGAUAGCCAAAGAGCUCUCUCUCUCUCUCUCCAAUAGUUACCCAUUUAGACACAUUUUGGAUGUGAAAAUCGAUCUCCACUGGCCACACUCUCUCUAUCACAAAUCAAAGAAUAAAUAAUAGAAAUAAAUAAAUAAAUUUAUAUAUAUCAUCUCUUGCAAUUCUAGCAAGGACUGAAUUUUACUAAACAAGAAAAAGAAAAGGAGAAGAAAAGAAGAGGGCCUUCAGCCCUCUGCUUCCCUAUCCAUGCCUCCUCUCAGAUCUUGAAUUCAAUCCCUUUUUCAUCUGGGCUUCGACUCUUCCGUAAAUUCUCGCUCCUCAUCGAUCUCCCUUGCUCAUUCCAUCUCAAAGUUUGAUUCUUUUUACUCCUUUUCAGGUGGGUUUUGGAUUGCGCCUGCUUUUGGUUUUCGAUCUGUUGAACACAACAGAUUGCCUAUUUUUUUUAUCUGAAUAGGUUUGCUGCUUUAAGGUAAUUUGCUAUAAUGGAAAUGGAGCCUGGGAAGCUAUUCAUUGGUGGGAUUUCAUGGGACACCAGUGAGGAGCGUUUGAGGGAGUAUUUUCAGACUUUUGGUGAAGUAGUUGAAGCGGUGAUCAUGAAGGAUCGCACCACUGGCCGUGCUCGCGGCUUUGGUUUCAUUGUUUUUGCUGAUGCUUCUGUUGCUGAGAAAGUUGUCAAGGAAAGGCACGUCAUAGACGGAAGAACUGUGGAAGCAAAGAAGGCUAUUCCGAGAGAUGAUCAUCAAAACUUCAACAGAAACAAUGCUAGCAUCCAUGGCAGCAUCCAAGCGUCCCCCAGUCCUGUUCGUACAAAAAAGAUUUUUGUAGGAGGUUUAGCAUCCUCAGUCACAGAAAAUGACUUCAAGAGGUACUUUGAUCAAUUUGGUACGAUAACAGAUGUUGUCGUGAUGUAUGACCACAAUACUCAAAGGCCUAGAGGAUUCGGGUUUAUCACUUAUGAUUUGGAGGAAGCAGUGGAUAAAGUCCUUUUCAAAACUUUUCAUGAACUCAAUGGAAAGAUGGUCGAGGUUAAGCGUGCUGUUCCAAAGGAGUUAUCUCCAGGACCAACGCGGAACCAACCGAGUGGCUAUAACUACGGGCUGAACAGAGUGAGCACUUUCCUUAAUACUUACAGUCCAGGACACAAUUCUAGCUCUCCAAGUGGCUAUGGAAUGAGAAUGGAUGGUCGAUUCAGUCCUGUGGCGGUAGGUCGGAGUGGAUAUCCCCCCUACAACACGGCUAAUUUCAGCAUGGGUGUGAACCCAGACCCUGGAUUCGGUUUAAAUGGUAUGGCAAGUGCUGAUUCUGGCUUUGGCUAUGGGCGUGGGAUGAACUCUUAUUAUAGUGGAAACACAGAUCGUUUUGGUAGUCCCGUUCACUAUGAUGGGGGUGUUACUGGAAAUGGCCCUAUGUUGAAUACCAAUGGUCGAAAUUUAUGGGGCAACGGGAAUCUCAACUAUGCUUCAAACCCAAUGACGUCAAAUGCAUUUGUUGGCUCGGGAACUGGAAAUGCGGGUGGUCUUGGAAGUAUUGGGGAAAUCUGGGGCACCACUCCUACUUCAUCCCAAGGUGGAGGAAAUGCCUCCUUCAGCACUGAAAAUUUCGGCUAUGGAACCCGAGAAAUGAAUAUUGGUGGUAGGGCAGGUUAUGGUAGAAACAAUGGCAGCACUGUUGGCACAACGUCUUCUUAUUCUGCCCCAAACAACAUCCGUGAUGGAGGUUUGGGAAACAUGUACGAGAGAGAGUCCUUUUACGCUGGUCAUGCUUGGCAACCACCUUCUCCCGAGCAUGAUGGUUCCGACCCUUUUGGUUACGAGCUUGGUGUCGCAGCAGAUGCAGCACCAAACAAUUCUGUUGGUUAUGUUGGAGGUUAUAGCGUUAAUGCUAGGACUAAUAGAGGGAUUGCAGCCUAGGACAUAUUACGGUAUGGAUACAUAAAGAUUGUAGAGGCAUAUAUACAAGUGGAACAAAAAGAGAGGAUCAUUGAGCCUAGAAUGACAUUGUUCUAGACAAGUGAAGGAGAUUUUUAUGUAAGGUUUGAACUCGAGCUUUCGAAUAUAGACUUUUUUUUUGUUUUUGGUAAUUUGUUUGAGAAUGUGCAAUGGAGUUGCAGAAUAUACUCAAGAAAAAGAAAGUAUACUGUGAUUUAGCUGAGAAGCCUCCAUUCUUUUGUGUAGACUUUUGCUAUCAUUUUUGUGCUGUAAGUCUCUUCUACAACACUUCGAUUCGCUUGGCUAAGCCGUUACUAAUAUAACGUUUUCUUCUUCCCCGGGCGUCGCUUCGACUUCCAUUCCUGCCCCUCUCUGUAUGUGCUUUGUUUUCCUUUACUCUUCUUUUUCUUCUUUAAGUUUUUGUAUCCAUUUUUCUUGACAAUGUGAGUUUAAGAUUUUAUGGAGUACUACAAUAUUUUGUAUAGUUUAAAGUAA